CCAGCAGAGCUUACCUGGGUCCGCCAAGAUAUUUAUACUUUCCCUUGCUGGAAGAAAUGUGUGGCCCAACGGAAAGCCCUGACGUCACCAUGUCAGGUAAAGAGUGAAGAAAGGUUUGAUAACAGGAUUGUAAGUACGGGGGAGUCACUGCGGGCGGCCAAGGGGUGUCCUCUCCAUCCCUGUGAACACCUUUCGGGCUCAGCGCGCACUUGGACGCACGGAUGAUGAUGGGCGGCCGGCCGCCGCUGCUGCUGCUCGCUCUUCUCGCCAUUGCGGGAGGCAGCCUCGGGGCAGACACAGAGGAGCGCUUGGUGGAGCAUCUCCUAAACCCCGCCCACUACAACAAACUGAUCCGACCGGCAACCAAUGGCUCAGAGUUGGUCACAGUGCAGCUGAUGGUGUCACUGGCCCAACUCAUCAGUGUGCAUGAGAGAGAGCAGGUGAUGACCACCAAUGUCUGGCUGACGCAGGAGUGGCAGGACUAUCGUCUGACUUGGGUCCCCGAGGAGUUUGAUGGGAUGAUGAAGGUCAGGCUGCCCUCAAAACACAUAUGGCUGCCUGACGUGGUGCUCUACAACAAUGCUGACGGGAUGUAUGAGGUGUCGUUCUAUUCCAACGCGGUGGUCUCAUAUGAUGGCAGUAUCUUCUGGUUACCGCCGGCCAUCUAUAAGUCAGCGUGCAAGAUCGAGGUCAAGCACUUCCCUUUCGACCAGCAGAAUUGCACACUGCGCUUCCGCUCUUGGACCUACGACCGCACCGAGAUUGAUCUGGUGCUUCGUACCGACGUGGCCAGCAUGGACGACUUCACACCCAGCGGGGAGUGGGACAUCAUUGCCCUGCCAGGCCGCCGAAACGAGAACCCGGCGGACCCCACUUACGUGGAUAUCACGUACGACUUCAUCAUCCGCAGGAAGCCUCUGUUUUACACCAUCAACCUCAUCAUCCCCUGUGUGCUCAUCACAUCCCUGGCCAUCCUGGUCUUCUACCUCCCCUCCGACUGCGGGGAGAAGAUGACGCUCUGCAUCUCCGUGCUGCUGGCUCUCACUGUGUUCCUGCUGCUGAUCUCCAAGAUCGUUCCACCUACUUCACUCGAUGUUCCUCUAGUGGGGAAGUACCUGAUGUUCACAAUGGUCCUUGUGACUUUCUCCAUUGUCACCAGUGUGUGUGUGCUCAAUGUGCACCACCGCUCGCCCACCACACACACCAUGCCCCCCUGGGUUAAGCUAGUGUUCCUCAACAAGCUUCCCGCCCUGCUUUUCAUGCGCCAGCCCAGGAACAGCUGCGAGCGCCAGCGGCUGCGGCAGAGGAGGAGGGCCCAGGAGCAGAAGGAGGGGGGGCGCGGUGGGGAGGCCGGGGGCUUGAUGGUGGGCCUAGGCUUGGCUGGCGCUGGGGGGAACGGAGGUGGGAGCUCCACAGGGGUUUUCAGCAAGGAGAACAGUGAACCCUGCACCUGCUAUGUGAACCGGGCAUCCGUCAAGCAGUUCGGAGGGGAGCUGGGCGGUGCAGGAGGGGGAGGGGGAUCCAUGGAUGGUCUAAAUGGGCUGAGGGAUGGCCGAGAGGGGAGCUCUGGGAACCUGUCCCGGGGGAAGCAGGUAGCAGGGGGUCCCGCUCUGACUCAGGCACUGCUGGGACAGGCCUGCCCAGGGUUUGAGGAGGCUGUGGACGGGGUACGCUUCAUUGCCAACCACAUGAAGAGUGAGGAUGAUGAUCAGAGUGUGAGCGAAGACUGGAAGUACGUUGCCAUGGUGAUCGACCGCCUGUUCCUGUGGAUCUUUGUGUUUGUGUGCGUUUUUGGAACAGUGGGAAUGUUCCUGCAGCCGCUCUUCCAGAAUUACACAGCCAAGACCAUCACCAGCACACCAGGCUGACCAUCCCUGGGCCCCAAACACGCUGACGGACAGCUCCCCCACCCAAUCAGCACAGCAGGACAGGGCCAGAAGGGGGUGGGGGGAUCUGGGUUUUAUUGUGUCUGUGGAACUGGACCUGAAACUGGAACUGAACAGCCACCACACCCAUUACCUUUAUAGUAAUGUUUUUGCAAAGAACAACUGUUUUUCUUGUAUGAAGAAAAAGGAAAACACCAUCAUAUUAUUAACUGCAGUUUUUUCAAGACGGUCAAUGGACUGACCUCCCCUUUCUGGUGGAAAGGUCCCGCCCUUCUCUCCUCAUAAGCCAAUCAGGGAGAGCAAGCACUGGUCUACUCCCUGUAGAACAUUGUGCCAGCCAAUCUGCGCUAUCCGCCUCAAGCUGACUGUUCAAUUAACAUGACAAGUCCCGCCUUCAACACCUAGAGACAUUAUUUAUCAGAAUUUUGACUGAUGUCAGUGGGAGCUAAUCAGAAAGGGAAGGGAAGUUCAUAUCAAGGUUCUUAUGCUCUUUUGUUUUUAUUUUUCUGAAAUCCACUACUUCAAUGAACUGAUUCAGUAUAUUUUAUCAUAGCAUAGCAGCUUACCACAAUAUAGCAUUGAGUAUAUAUUAUUAAGAUUUCUCUAUGUGUUAGCUCAUGCAGGGGUUUGUUGCUGGUAGAGAGACUAUGAUGUGUUGUUUGAUUCUAUAGAUUAAACAAGAAUGUGAUAUGAACUGUACUACACAGCCUGUGACGCGCACACUAACACGAUAUGUGUACAAGCAACAGAUUGUGAAAGAAUGAAUUAAAAUACGUGAAAGGUAGCUAUUUUAAAGGAGGAGCAAAGGUAAGAGAUGCAUUAUUAGAAGAAAGUCAAAAGGGUAUGGUUAUAGAUUUUGCAUGAACAGUUUUUUGUCAAGGCAGUUCUGCACAGCAGGUACAGUAUGGUAGCAACCUGCUGUGCCAGACUGCACAGUUGCAGUGAGACGAGUCUAGCUCCUGGGAAUCUGAGGAGUCUGAGCCAGGAGAGUGGAUGGGACUUUUCGUGUGACGGACAGUAGAAACUUGAACAUGAUUUCCCCGAGAUGUAUUCGCAACUCAGUCAAGAUGGGACAAAGAUCAAGUAGUGGAACUAGUAGCGUGUGGAUCAGACACUGGUAGAAGGAUGGGAAUUUUCUCAUGAAAAUUAAGCUAUUGUGUGUAUUGAUAUGUAAUUACACAAAUGUUCAUUUUCUGUCAUUGCUGUGAUUUCCGUAUCAGAGUAAGACAGUGUCUCACUUGUUCCUCCUCUCCUUUCCUCACCUCUCCCCUCCUCUCCUCUCCUCACCUCUCCUCUCUCGGAGUGUUGUGCUGUGUGACUCAACCUUGUAUGUAACAGUGGGUAAUGCCACAUUGUAAUGAGCAUAUGCGCACACAAAGUCUACAGCUAUUACUGCAAUGGGAUCUGUUCAUUUAUGUAAUGGUCAGAGCAUAUGUAUACAUGAAUGUGUGUAUGCUUGUGUGUGUGUGUGUGUGUGUUUGCAUGUGAGUGUGUCUGUGCACAUAUGUGUAUGAGAGUGUGUGUGUGUAUGUGUGUGUGUGCAUAAGUGCGUGGCCCAUACCCCAAUGCAUUAUCACAUCUGUCAGAUGCAAUGUUCAGGAGAGCGUAUAUCCUCAGUGUCUCCCCCACCCCCUCUUUGUUCAUCCCUUACAACCUCUCUGUUAAUUCUCACCCCUUUAUCUGCCCUCCCAUGGACAAAUGCAGUUUUACUCCAAUUUAUUCCAGUUACAAUAAUGGUAUCAUACACUCCCUAAACAGUUUCUCUUAAAGGCAGUCUUCCUUUUCAUCUUGGAGUGGCUGGUUGGUCAUAUUUUCUCCAUCCUCCCGGCCCCCUAACAACUCAACAAGAUGCAAAGGGCCUUUAGAGGCACACGAUGAGUGGAAAUUAAAUUAAAAUUUCAAAUAGAACACUGAAAAUAGAAAAGACAUGACAGUAGGACCAACACUGACUCAGUCAUCAAAUCAGAUAACAAUGUACAGUGAAAUCACGAGCGGCAAAGCAGAUGAAGCAUAGGGCAACACUUAAUGCAAUAAAUAACGCAGAUCUCUUUGAUGCAAUAGUGAAAUUUCAGCUGGGGGGCAGCAUCAAGGAAAGACUGACAGCAGAUGGAGCAAGCACAAUCCAGACAGUGAGAGGGAAUACAGUGUACAGUGGAAGUGGCAAUAGACAGAGACAAAGGAUUGCUGGUGUUGUUACCGCGUAGGAAAGCCACUGUAAAUCUCUGAUAAAAAUGCUGUCUAAUCCUUAGUCACUGUCACUCGAUAUGAGAAUCCUUGGCUCUUCGCAGUGGUGUGGUCCAGCCUGCAGCUCAGCACAGCCCUGGACUGGGAGAUGUCUCUCUCUCUUUCUCACACACACACUCUCUCCUUCUCUUCCUCUGGAGGACGGAAUUACCCAGGGGAUCCCCAACAGAUCCCUAACAAGUGUGAAAAGCUUAUCAGAGACCUGUGAAAACUGAAGGCUGCGCAACUCCACACAAAGUGCUGUCCUUCUCUCUCUCUCUCUCUCUCUCCCUCCCUCUCUCUCUCUCACUCUCUCUCUCUCUCUGAGCUCCUCAGCCUCACUUCCUCUGUCUUUUUCUCCACAUUUCACCCUCCCAUCUUUCACUUUCCCCUCCUGACUCUCAGAUCUGCUCCUGUGCACACCUUAACCAGUCAAAUAAAGGUUGUAGGUUCAGAUUAAUCCAAA